AUGGCGACACUUCUUCCUCCUCCGAAAAGACCAAAGCUAUAUCACGGCGUCGCAGAGCCUGAGCCUGAGCCUCUGAAAGCAUCGCCCAAUGUCGUGGUUCAAUUUGUGAACGAGCACGAUGGGACACCGAUAGCACCUGCGGUGAACCUCCCAGCGAAUGUUGCACGGGAGGGCCUUGAAGUACUCGUCAAUCAGUUGCGCACAAAGGAUGACGAUGAACAUGUACCAUUUGCUUUUCAUGUUGCUCUACCUGAGGAGGCGAUGAAACCAAAUGCUCCAACGCGAAUCGUGAUAUCUAGGUCGAUAGAAACGGAUGUUCUUGGACAUGCAUCUCAUGCGUUCUCAGAAGAAGACGUACUGGUAGUACGCUGCGCUCCACAGUCUGUAUUCAAGGUUCGCCCAGCUACUCGAUGUUCCACAACACUUUCAGGGCAUUCGUCCCCAAUACUAUGCGCUUCAUUCUCCCCUACAGGCAACCUACUAGCGACUGGUUCAGGCGAUACUCAUGUCCGCCUAUGGGACCUUCAUACUGAAACACCAUCACACACGCUGACCGGUCACACUGGAUGGGUACUAUGUGUGGAGUGGGAUCCACUAGAACGCAAACUGGCAAGUGGUGGCCACGAUGGUCAUGUAAGACUAUGGGAUCCAAAAACUGGAAAACCGCUAGGCGAUGCAAUGAAGGGCCAUUCAAAAUGGGUGACAUCUUUGGCAUGGGAGCCACUACACUUAAAUCCAUCUACCCCGCGGGUGGCAUCCUCAUCUAAGGAUGGAACCGUGCGAGUAUGGUCGACGGCUACACGAAAACUUGAAUACGCACUUGGCGGUCACACUGCCAGCGUAAAUGUUGUCAAAUGGGGAGGCGGUGGUUUGAAUGGUCAUGGAGUACUCUACACAGCCAGUAGUGACUGUACAGUCAGAGUAUGGGAUGCACGAGGGGGGAAGCAACUUCAUAUUCUGAAAGACCACGCACAUUGGGUAACUACUCUUGCUCUCAACACGGAUUUUGUACUUCGCACUGGACCAUUCGAUCAUACCGGAAAACGACCAUCGUCGGACGAGGAAGCUCAAGCACUUUCUCUCAAAAGAUACACUGCACUCGUGUCACGAACGCCAGAGCUACUGAUCUCGGGUUCAGAUGAUCACACACUCUUCCUCUGGUCUUUAUUUGCAUCUUCGAACGCAGAACCGGGAGGAAAGACUAAACCGUUGACCCGUCUGACUGGUCACCAACGGCAAAUAUCUCACGUCGCUUUCUCGCCAGAUGGUCGGUGGGCAGCUAGCGCUGGGUGGGAUAGUGCAGUGCGACUAUGGGAUUGUUCAGGUGCUGGGCAGCUGGGCAAGUUUGUGGCUACACUGCGUGGACAUGUCGGUCCCGUCUACCGACUUGCCUGGAGCGCAGAUUCACGAAUGCUGGUGAGCGCCAGCAAGGAUGCAACUGUCAAGAUUUGGGACCUCAAAACAUACAAAAUUAAGUCGGACCUUCCUGGUCACACAGACGAGGUCUACUGCGUGGAUUUUGUCGCUGAUAAGGUUGUGAGUGGUGGCCGCGAUCGGACUGUGAAGAUAUGGAAGAACUAACUGUACAAAGUUGCUUUGCACUGACGUUGUGUAAUGCCCUCAUUAUCUCGCUGAGGAGUGCCAUCGCCAUUUUGCGUUGUUACCACAUACCGCCAGCUGGAUAGUUGAUGCUGUCCAUUCGUGAUCGGUAAAAGAUCCUACUGGGCAUGAAAUGCACGGAAGGCAUUUGUUGAAAUCCGCAUCCCCAAG